CAUCACCAUCGUCCUCCCCUUCCCCGAAGUGAGAGAGAGAAAAAACAAAAGACACGCCUCUCCUUUUCUAUAAUGUUCUCUUCGUAAUCAUUUACUUCUAGCUGGUCUCCAAUCGUUAUCCAAUCUUUACCCGCUAUCAUGUCUUCGUCUCCUUCGCCCUCUCUCCGUAAGAGAGGCGGAAAGAAGGAGGCUUCUCCCGCGCCGUUGGACGGCGGUGCCUCUCCUUUGUCGCAAUCCGCAACCCCCAAGCCUCAGUCAGAAUGGGAUUAUCGGCUGGCCAUAACCGUUCUGACCGUGCUGGCAUUCAUCACCCGAUUCUAUAAGAUCUCAUACCCCGCGGAAGUAGUGUUUGAUGAAGUACACUUCGGCAAGUUCGCAUCCUAUUAUCUACAACGUACCUACUUCUUCGAUGUGCACCCUCCGUUCGGCAAGCUUCUCUUCGCUUUCAUGGGCUGGUUGGUCGGCUAUGACGGUCACUUUCUGUUUGAUAACAUCGGCGACUCGUACACCGAGCACAAUGUCCCUUACGUGGCUCUCCGUGCCAUGCCCGCAACUCUCGGCGCCCUGACCGUCCCGGUGGUGUUCUUGAUCAUGUGGGAGUCUGGAUAUUCGCUGCCUGCCUGUGUUCUGUCUGCUGGCCUUGUUCUGUUCGACAAUGCGCACAUUGGUGAAGAUCGGCUCAUUCUCCUGGAUGCCAGCUUGGUGCUUACCAUGGCACUGAGCAUUCUCUGCUACAUCCGCUUCUACAAGCUGCGCCACCAGGCUUUCGGGCGAAAGUGGUGGAAGUGGCUCCUGAUGACCGGUGUUUCUCUCAGCUGCGUUAUCUCCACCAAGUACGUCGGAGUGUUCACUUUCGUCACCAUUGGAGCCGCCGUCUUGGUCGACUUGUGGAACUUGCUGGACAUCCGCCGUGCCAACGGUGCGUUGAGCAUGAUCGAGUGGACCAAGCACUUUGUGGCCCGCGGAUUUGCCCUCAUCGUUGUUCCUUUCUUCUUCUAUUUGUUUUGGUUCCAGGUCCAUUUCGCCAUUCUCACCCGUUCCGGCCCUGGCGACGACUUCAUGACCCCUGCUUUCCAGGAAACCCUCAGCGACAACGCCCUUUCCGCGCAGUCAGUCAACAUCCAGUACCACGAUGCCAUCACCAUCCGUCACAAGGACACCAAGGUGCUCCUGCACAGUCACUGGGAGACCUAUCCUCUCCGCUAUGACGAUGGUCGUAUCUCUAGCCAGGGCCAACAGGUGACCGGAUAUCCUUACAACGACACCAACAACCAGUGGGAGAUUAUCCCAACCAUUCCCUUGGAGCUUAAUGAAGGCGAGGGCCACAAUGUGCGCAACGGCGACGUUGUUCAGCUCCGUCACCUUGGCACUGACACCUUCCUCCUGACUCACGACGUUGCCUCUCCCUACUACCCUACCAACCAGGAAUUUACCACCGUCUCCCAGGAGGCGGCCAAUGGUGAUCGACGCAACGACACCCUGUUCGAAAUCAAGAUCGAAAACGGCAAGGCUAAGCAGGAGUUCCGAACCCUUUCGAGUCACUUCAAGUUGAUCCAUGUCCCUACUCGCGUGGCGAUGUGGACUCACACCACUCCCUUGCCGGAGUGGGGAUUCAAGCAGGCGGAGAUCAACGGGAACAAGAAUGUUCUUCAGAGCAGCAACUUGUGGUUCGCGGACUCCAUCGAGUCGCUGGAAGAAGACAGCCCUCGCAAACACAAGGAAGAGCGCAAAGUGAAGCAGCUCCCCUUCUUGCGGAAGUACCUGGAACUUCAGCGUGCGAUGUUCUUCCAUAACAAUGCUCUGACCAGUAGCCACCCUUACGCUAGCGAGCCCUUCCAGUGGCCCUUCCUCUUGCGCGGUGUCAGCUUCUGGACCAAGAAUGAUACCCGGGAGCAAAUCUAUUUCUUGGGUAACCCCAUCGGAUGGUGGAUUGCCAGCAGUCUGUUGGCGGUGUUUGCUGGUGUCAUUGGUGCUGACCAGCUGUCCCUUCGUCGUGGAGUGGAUGCCGUCGAAGAAAUUUGGGGUCCUGGAGCACGAUCUCGUCUGUACAACAGCACUGGUUUCCUGUUCCUCUGCUGGGCAGCUCACUACUUCCCCUUCUGGCUGAUGGGUCGUCAGCGUUUCCUACACCACUACCUGCCCGCUCACCUCGCCUCGGCGCUGGUGACGGGCGCGUUGGUUGAAUUUAUCUUCAACCUCCAGCCGGUCUCCGUGGGACAGGGCUCGACCGACGGCGAAGACGACCCUUCAGGCAAGGCCAAGGCCUCCACUUCUGUGCGCCACUUCGUUACCGCCAAGGAGCGCAUGGGCACCAAGUCCUUCGUUGCUGGGUGGAUUGCAACCUUGGUCAUCUUGGGAGCCACUUUCUGGGGAUUCUGCUUCUACGCUCCUUUGACGUACGGUACCCCCGGUUUGGAUGUCGACGGUGUGAACGCACGCAGAUGGCUGGGCUACGAUCUGCAUUUCGCUAAAUAAACAUCACGAUCCGCAACGGCCAGCGUUGCUGUCCAUUGACAGCGACAAGAAACAAAACAAACGCACCCAGGAUUGGCUCUUCCUGUCUCCCCUCGGGUGUAGGCGCUCACCCGCCUUGUAGAUUAUAUUCGUGCUUAUGAGCAGGUCUUCCCUUUGUUUGGCCUAUAGUUAUGAUGUUUCUUGGUGGGAAUUCGGAGGGGCUCGUCUCGUCGAUAAUGCACCGGGACUACAUUGAUUUACAAUCACGAGUGGAAGGGGUUAUGUCUUCUUAAUAAGAUCCCUGACUGUUAUCCCAAGUGGAGUUUUGGGGGCAUAUGGGAUUGUUCAAGUGGACUAGAGCGAGGAUCCGUUUUCUCCUAGCAUAUUUUUCAUUUUAUCUCAUUUCUUUUUCCUGUUGCAUCUUGUCCUGUUUCGAUAACAAUGUUUCACUAACCUGAAAGACUCAAAAUAGCGUUUUCUUUUGCAUAUCCUACAAUCAAUCAAUAAAAAUUCCAUUACCCUGAUGAAGCCGAUUAAUUAAAACGCUAGGCUACGCAGGCGCCUCAUCGAUUGAAGCAGAAUCUCGUGUCCGUACGCUAUAUAAACCCACAAUGCAGUAAGUAGAUAAUUGUCCGCCUUACUCAGCUGAGCAAACUGGAAUUGCCGAAGUAGGCCUGUUUAAUGUAGCGGGUCGUCUGCGGUGUAUGAUAACUGCAUCGUAGGUAGUCCUGUGUAUACCUACGCAAGCCCUCGAUCAAAUCAAGGCGCUCCUAGCAGAUCCUAUAGGUGUUUCUGUGACAUGCUUGGUCUUGUAAAUUCAUUCUUUCAGAGUAAAAUGGCUGACUAGCUACGGGAGUAGAAAGAAGAAGUAAUUGCAGCACUUAGAGAUAAAAUUUGCAAGGAUCAAAUAAAUAUAGUGUACAGUGCUAAUUGACUGAAUAAAAACAACACAGAGUAACGCCUAACAGGAGUAUCAUAUCAUAUCAUAACAAGAAAACAAAAGAAACAAGUUCGAUCACCAUUUCGCAGCUUCCUUAGAAGGCCAUUCUCUUGCCGAUCUCACUCUCCCACCCGCGAGUCCUUUCGAACCCGUUCGACGCGGUCUGGUAGUCCAUCAUGGCCUGGUAGACCUCCUCCUGGCUCGUCAGGACGAAGGGUCCGUACUGCACGACCUUCUGGUCUAGCGGCUGACCGGCGACCAGCAUGAAGCGAGCUUCAGACUCGGCGUUGUCGGGCACGGACGCCUCGACGUAGUCGCCGGGUUGGUCGAAGACGACGUUGUGGAAUUCCUUGACCAGUUGAGUGGAGUCGUUGGAUCCGAACACGGUGGUGCCGCCCAGCGUGUAGGCAAAGGCGUUCCAGCCCUGUGGCAGGGGCUGGGCGAUGCGGCCGCCGGGCUGGAUGGUGACGUCCAGCAGCCAGACGGGGGUGUAGGCGAGGUCGCGCACGGAGUCGACACCAUGCGACUGGCCCGAGAUGACCUUGACGGUAACGCGGCCGUCGUCGACGCGGGCAGUGGGGAUCUCGGUGGCGCGGAGGUCGCGGUACCGCGGCUCGCACAUCUUCAGGUGCUUGGGCAGAUCGACCCACAGCUGCAUGCCGACGUUAGGGGAGCCGUCGGGAUUCUCAUGCGGCAUCUCGGCGUGCAUGAUGCCGCGGCCGGCGGUCAUGAACUGCAGGUCACCCGGUCCGAUGGUGCCCUUGUUGCCGGCGAAGUCCUCGUGGUCGACCCCGCCAGAGAGCAGGUAGGUGAUGGUCUCCUGGCCGCGAUGCGGGUGGUCGGGAAACCCGGCCCCGCGCCCGAUCGUGAAGUGGUCGAGCAUCAGGAAGGGGCUGAAGUUGCGCAGCUUGGGGGUGCCGAUGGAGCGGCGGACCCGCGCGCCGGCGCCCUCUGCUUGCUCGAUGGCCAGGAAGACCUGUCGGAUUGCUCGAGGAAUGGCCAUUUCGGUGACUGGAAAGACGACUGGAUAGAGAUCGUGCGACUGGAUGUUGUCGGUGGUGAUAGGAGGAGUCUGGAGACGCUGCAAUAGAGUGGAAACUAGAGAGUGGACGUUGUCCGGAUGAAAUGGAGUAAAGGUGGAUCUAUAAGUAUAGAACAGUGGAAGGAAGAUAGCUGUGAUGCCGAUGAAAAAAGACAGAAAGGGCCUCAUGGACGCGACGAGCGACUCUUUAUACGGGAGCGGGAGUGUAGCGGGAACUUGGUAGAAAAGACUAGAGCCAUUAUUAGGCGAAGUUUGUCACGUCUUAUAAGGAGUCAAAUAAUCAUGAAGCGUUCUGGAAGGUGGAUUCUA